AUGGUGUUUGAAUGUCUAUCAUCAUCAGCCUAUAAGUGCCCACUGCUGAGCAAAGGCCUCUUCUCAUACGGAGAAGGUCAUGGCGGCGUUAAUCAACUAGGCGGAGUAUUUGUGAACGGACGACCUCUUCCAGACGUGGUGAGGCAAAGAAUAGUAGAGCUGGCUCAUUCAGGAGUGAGGCCCUGUGACAUCAGCCGGCAGCUACGGGUUUCACAUGGAUGUGUCUCCAAGAUAUUGUCGAGGUACUAUGAGACUGGAAGUUUCAAGGCCGGCGUGAUCGGCGGUUCCAAGCCGAAGGUGGCCACACCCCCAGUGGUAGACGCCAUUGCAGCAUACAAGAGAGAAAACCCAACUAUGUUCGCCUGGGAGAUCAGGGACAGACUCCUCAGUGAGGGGAUCUGCAGCCAGGAUAACGUGCCUUCAGUUUCCAGUAUAAACAGAAUUUCAAAGCAAAGUGUGGGAGAACCAUGCUUCCGCACGAAUGGGUCGGCUCGACCGGAGUGGUACCACGGCCCCACAGAAAACCGGCGUGAAACAACCACAGCGUUGUGUUUCGCCGUGAUUGUUCGCAACAAGGCUGCAGAGAAGGCGAAGCAGGCCCACAAUCAGCAGCAGCAGCAACAGGAACAGGAGAUCAGCUCAGCGCAGGGGAGCGUAGUAUCUGUGAUAACCCACGCAGGCAACGCGCCCGGCACGACAGCUGUGCUGUCUCCGACCCCGGACCAGCAUGUCACUAACACUGGCAGCUACAGCAUCAACGGGAUCCUAGGAAUCGAGCAGGUCGAGGGUCUCCACAAUGGGAACGCGACGGGAUUGAAGAGAAAGAGGCAUGAAGACCAAGACGAAAACCGGGACUUCAACAGCCAUUCGGAAGACGACGUUAAAAGGCAAAGAAGUCAUUACAAUGGCGAUCAAAUAUACUCCAACCUCUGGUCAUCUUCAAAAUGGAGUCUCAAAGACGAGUACAAGCUACUAUCAGAGCUCGGUGGCGCCGCCGGUGGCGCUACCGGUUACUACGGAGAGUUAUUCGACACUCCAUACGAACACGCCGCCCAUCCUCAUUACACUCCACAUUCAGCAACGAAUGACUCCACGGGAUCCAAUGGAGGAGCUGGUGGCGAACCUCCGUCAGCAGCUGCAAGUCCUGAUGCAGCAGCGUUGGUCGUCCUUCAGCCACCUGCACCACCGUAUCCACCGUACGCACAUUAUGACGGUACGACAACAUUAGCCAGUGAAUAUGCAUACGCGGCACCCUACUCACAGUACUCACCAUACGGAGGACCCUACUCGCAUUCUGCUGCCACCGGCCUUCUGUCCAAGUGGAUUUUCUCCUUGUCGUGGGUGCGGUUACAAACAUACAAUUUCACAUACACUGACACCCAGACCCGGAACAACAAUUUGUGGAUCACACAAAGAGUUGUUCCGGGCGGGAAUCGAACACGUUGCACGGCCACCGCACCACACGUGCAGUCAAAAGUUAGAACUCCAUCGAAAAAUCUCCAAGAAGAAAAACAAAUAUGGAAGAUGACGAGGAUGAUGAAUGUCUACCAGAAGAAUCAAUCAAGGAAGAAUGUCCACCAAAACGUGAUCAUCUAUGUCCUCCCAGAGACAUCGACCCUUGCACUUUACUAG